AUGGCCGAGUCAAGUAACGAGUCUUUUAUAAUCGGGCAACGAGUCCACUCGCUCAACGAUCCGCGUCGAGUGGGCACCGUGAAGUACGUCGGAGGUGUGGAGGGGUACUCCGGAACCUGGAUCGGCGUUGAUUGGGAUCAAGACGGCGAUGGGAAGCAUGACGGUUCCCUCAAUGGCGUUUUCUAUUUCCACGGCCGUUCCCAGAGCUCAGCAUCCUUUGUUCGCUCCCAGAAUCUCAGUCACGGUAUCACGCUGCUUCAAGCCUUGGAGCUCAGAUACCGAACGACUUCCACUAAAGACGAAGAAGACGAAAUGUAUGUUCUCUCUGCGAAGAACAAACGAGUUUCGAUUCAACUUUUGGGAGGGGACAAGAUCCAGGAUAAGUUAAGUCGGUUUGAUGAGCUCACGAGUGCUUCUCUUCCUUAUCUUGGUGUUAGCUCUCUUGGAGAUUCAUCUGAUUUGGGUUCAAUUCUACCAAAUUUGAAGCUGCUGGACUUAACUGGAAACUUGAUUUCUGACUGGAAGGAAAUUGGUGCUCUUUGUGAACAGUUACCAUCGCUUACAACCCUCAAUUUGUCUUGCAAUUCUCUGUCAAGUGAUGUCAUCUCUCUGCCACAGUUAAAAAAUAUCCGUGUUUUGGUUCUGAAUAAUAGUGGUAUGAGCUGGACUCAGGUUGAAAAUCUGAGGCGCUCGUUACCUGGAAUUGAAGAGUUGCAUCUGAUGGGGAACAUGAUAUCUGCCAUAACGUCGACGUCAUCCUCAGAUGAUGAAGCAUUUAGUUCUCUGCGACUUCUGAACUUGGAUGAUAAUUGUAUCUCUGAAUGGAGUGAAGUAUUAAAGCUAUCUCAACUUCCAUGCUUGGAGCAGCUUUACCUGAACAAGAAUAAGCUGUUACGCAUCUUUCACUCUGUCAAUGGCAAUGAUUCAACAAAGAAAAGCGGCGAUCCAUUUCCAAGUCUGAGUUGUCUUCUUCUAGGAGCUAACAACAUUGGUGAUCUGGCCUCGAUAGACGCGCUAAAUGUGUUUCCUAAGUUGGUGGACAUCAGGCUUUCGGAUAACCCGAUAACUGAUCCUGUAAGAGGCGGUGUCCCAAGGUUUGUUCUUGUUGCACGGUUGACGAAAGUACAAGUGCUGAAUGGGAGUGAGGUCAGAGCUCGUGAGAAGAAGGAAUCUGAGAUCCGGUAUGUCCGAAUGGUGAUGUCAAAGGUGAAUAACAUGUCUGAGGAGAUUGAACUGCUCCACCCUAGGUUUAAUGAACUCAAGAAGUUUCAUGGACUUGAGGAUGAAAGAGCAUCAGCUGAGAACACCGGCCCUAAGAAUAUAGCAUCUGGACUUAUCUCCAUUACUCUCAAAUGCGUUGGUCCAUCGAUGGGUGAAAAGCCUCAGCUGACAGAGAAGUUACCAGGCAGGAUCACGGUGGGGAAGCUAAAGAUGUUAUGUCAGAACCUUUUCAAGCUCAAGUCCAUCAAGACAAGAUUAUUUCUGCAGGAAGGAGAGGGCUCACCUUUCCCUACAGCAUUAGAUGACGAGAAAGCAACAUUACUGGAAGUUGGAAUCUGUGACGGCUCCACAGUUCUUGUUGACGAAGAAAGUUAA